UUCUGACAUUUGACAGCAAUAUGCUAUGCUAACUUCUGUACGUUAAAAUAUUUGAGAAAAAACAAUUUUUAAUUAAGUUUCUUAAUUUCUUAAUUUUUUCUAUAAUUAAAUAUGAACAUAUGUAAAGUUCCAAUACCAGUCGAAGACGGAGAUGGUGAUAACCGCUGGUUAAGUAUCCACAAUAGGUUUUUAUCGGAAACUAGGGAAAAAGAUGCAGAAGUAAUUUUUAUUGGAGACUCUAUAAUACAAGCUUUGCAACAUACUGAUGUCUGGAGUGAAUUGUUUGUUCCUUUGCAUUGUUUAAAUUUUGGAAUACAUCGUGAUAGGGUGGAAAAUGUUUUGUGGAGGGUACAGAAUGGAGAAUUAGAUAACAUUAAACCAAAGGUAAUAGUUGUUCAUACUGGGACUAAUAACUAUAAUAAUACCCCUGAAGAAAUUAGGGAUGGAAUUCUAGAAAUAGUCCAUUUAAUAAGAGAAAAACAUCCUGAUGUGUAUAUUGUUGUCCCUACUCUUUUACCGAGAGGACAAAAUCCAAAUCCAUUAAGAGAAAAGCUUCAGCAAGUAAAUGAACUUCUUAAAACCAGUUUAGAGCAAUUACCAAAAAUAGAACUGGUUGUUAUUGAUAAAGGAUUUGUUCAACCAGAUGGGACUAUAAGUCACCAUGACAUGCAUGAUUAUCUGCUCCUCACUAACGCCGGAAGCAAGAAGGCCUUCGAACCUCUACACGAACUACUCCAACAAUUACUUAACGAAGGUGAAUCUGAAAAAGAACUAACUAUAUCUGAAUAAGAUUUAGUUUAUUGAUGUGGGUUAAAUUUCAGCUGCUGGCCCUUUUUUACAAAGGUUCAACUUUUCUUAUUGCUUUUUUAGAAUUACCCGACUAAAAAAUGCAACAAUUAAGAAAUGUUUCCGAAUUCGGGAUUAUGUAUUUUUGUUCUCUACCUUUACAGGUAUAGAAACUAAAACUGAUUGUAAUAUUGAGGGAAUAUGUAAUGUGAGGCUUAUCAUAGAUUUAUUUUUAUUAGUGAUAUUAUGAAGUAACAUUAUUUAUUUAGUUCUUAAGCAACACCUGAUUAAGAAAAAAAUAUUUUUUGCUAGUGCAAUUAGGCAGCAUAUUUAUUUAUCUGUUUUUUUCUCACUAGAUAACUAUAAUUUAACUAAUCUGUAAUAUUUUAUGCAGAGUGUACUUCCAGAAUAGCACUAGUAGGUAACAAUAGUAGCUGUUAAUUUUCCUUUUUAUUGUUUAUGCUUCAAAAGCUCGUAUUUGUGAUAAAACUUCUAUAUGCAGGGUAAAGUAAUGAUGAUAUAAAGUAGAUUAAAUUGAAAUCUGGUUAAAACACAUAUAAUUUGAAAUGUACAGGGCUUUCCAGAAAAUUAUGACAAAAGAACUGUGUAAAUUUAUUUUUGAGAUUAUUUGAUAAUUGUUUGAUAUACUUCUGGAUUCAACUUAAAAGUGAUUUAUUUUUAUUCAGAUCGUUAUAACUAGGUUUUCCAAAAUCCCAAAAUUGUUGUUUAAUCCCAAAAUCCCGAUAUUAAAUCUCCUGGAAAAAUUUAAAUGUCCAAUUUAAAAUUAUUCGACUUUAUACACUUUAGUCUUUCAAAGAUUAUAUUUUAUUUAUACUAAGCAGAACGUCAAUAUCUAAAAGUUACAUUUUCCUAUUUGCUAUAUUUUUUUUUCAACAAGAAUUGAUUUUUUUAAUCACUAAAUAUGAAUGUAUGCGGAAAACAAAGUAUUUGUCUAUUUUAGUAAAGCUCUUUGCUCAUUUUCUUUUUCAUAUAUUAUGUAGCUGCAUUAUUAUUUAAGUAUUUCUUUAUAUUAAAUUUCUCAUUCUAAUAGUCAAUCCCGGAAUCCCAGAAUUAUAAGUUCUAAUCCCGGGAUUUCAAAACGAGAUCCCUGAAAAUUGGAAACCCUAGUUAUAACUAAUAGAUUACAGUUUUUAAACAUUUCUUGAUUUAUGAACUGGUAUAUACAGUGUUUUUUUUUAUAGAAAUCUCUGCAAUCCUGGUCGAAAUGUUCUAGUCAAUAUUCAAGUAUUUCAUUUCGAAUAUAUUUGCUCAAGAAUAAAGUGGUAGAAUUUCUCAAAUUGCCUAAAAAGGUAUUCAAAAAAGUUGUUAUAAAUACUCCUAUUUAAAGUCAGCUGCCUAGUAUGAAAAAAAUAUAAUGGUUUUAUUUUUUUAAAACCCUGCAUUUGAUUAGUAUUGACAUACUUCAUUGUAAACACUAUAUCAUAGUUCGAAUAGGCCCAUGCAGCGGCAUUGGAGGGUUCCACCUGGAACCCACUUUUAGUAAAUACACUACAUCAUAUUUACUGAUAACAUAAUAACAUGUAGAAAAUUAAUUUAAUUGCAGAUCUAAUAAUAACCCAUAACACCACUCACUUAUUUUUGAGAUAGCCUGUACAUUGAAUAUAUUUUCCUGAAAUACGUACUAGUACCUGAGUCUUAUCUAUGCUCAGAACUCCAAUGGACAUCGAGUUGGCGAGUCAUCAACUCGAGGGAGGAGGGUCAUGGCCCAAUAGGAAUUGACCUCAAAUCCAAGGAGGCAACAGAGAAAGAGGGAUAUAUCCUCUAUUAUAGAUUCGGGACAACACUGGUAUCAGGUCUAAGGAGAGACCAAGUUAAAGAGGUGGAGAAAAUGGAGACAGAUUCUCCAGCUCCUUCACUGGUACCUCAGCCGGAGGCAAGCUCCUCGACUGUGAAGCCCUUCACAGUCGAGGCGUUCAUUGCGGAGGGCCAAUUCCAGUCGUGGAAGAGUGUAUACCCUUGGAGAAAAAACAGCUGUUAGAAGAGGAUGGGAAAUACCCUGUCUCACCUACAACAGGAAAAUACAUGUGAUGGGUUAUAGACUGUGUGAUGAGUUAUAACUCAAGGAAGGGGGGCACAAUAUAUCUUUCAGGUCGCAGUGAUUAACCCCCCAUCCCUCUGACUCAUUCUACAUUCUAUUUUGGGUCUGCACUUAGGCGAAAUCUGUAAGUUUUUUUUAUUAUAAAAGCUAUAGAACUCCGACGCAUUGUUGCGAGACCCUCUAUAUUUUACAAAAUAUGUAUGUUGAAUUAUAUUAAUGAAAUAAGAAAUGUUUGACUAUUGUUUAACCGAAAACAUGGCCAAAAAACUUUAACUGAAAUUUAUUAAUAAACGGGUUGAACAAAAAUCCUGUAUUUAAAUUAAGUGUUGCAAUUGAAGAAUCAUCUGAUAAUUGUGUUUGUAUAUGUCAGAUGUCAGUGCUAUUAAUGAUAAUCCACUUUAGUCAAUCAUUACUCACCCUGUAUAUUAAAAAAAAAUGAAUGAACAGUUGCAUUCCAAAAAUGGCUGGUGACUUAAAAACUUAAACCUCUGUAAAAUAAUUCAUUUUUAUAAUAUUUUAUAGUUUUGGUAAGUGCAUAUUAUUUAUGUGAUGUGGUACUUAGUUUAGUACAAAAGAAGCUGAUCUUUAAUUUUUUUAUUUUACCAAAGACUUUAUUAAAAAACGUCAAAAACUUGAUUAUACUCCUGAGUUAAUAAUUUAUUAUUUUUAUUAUAAUUUUUUAAUUUAUUUUUUGUACAAUAUAUAGGACUGUGAAAUGUGAAUACAUGCUCAUUACAUGUUAUAUACAAAUUGUGAAAAUAAAAUAAGCCAUUUUUACUACCGA